AUGUUACAGAUAAAUAACUUAUCCUUUGUCUAUAUCGUUCUCACUUUUAUUCUCAUCGGGAUUAUUCUGACAGAUGCUGCCUCUCAGGACAACCCAGACUUAAACCAUUCUGCAGUGGUUCGUCGUCACGUUGAUCGAAAGAAAAAACACGGUUGGGAUUACGACGUAACAAAUGAAGUUAAAAUCUGUGGCCGACAUUUAAAACGUGAUAUUUACCUACUCACGGAUGCGAAAAGUAUAUACCUAAGAUGCUCAGAACUAUCUAUGCCUCGACGACCUCGUGUCUCGGUUGGCCAAGCGCCCGCUCAAAAGCAAAAUUCCAUGCGGCAUGCCCAAGCAUCGAGGAAUGGGAAGACAAAGCAUCCAGCAGAUCGACAAUUGAACAGUACCGUAUUUACGGUUUAA